AUGGACCCCGCGUCGCCGUUCGCGGCCCACGCGCGCGCGGACGCGCGGCGCGAGCGCGCGCGUCGAAUCGACUUCCAGCGCAAGAAGCUCGACGCGUUCGACGCGCGCAUCGGGGGCGAGCGGACAGAUCCGCUCGCGAGAUUUGAUGACCGCGCGGCGCCGGCGGACGCGGGGGACCUCGCCGCCGCGAACGCGCGUCGUGCGCUCCUCGCGCGCGACCCGCCGUCCGCGCUGGAGUCGCGCCCGCGACCGCGCGAGCGCGGCCUGUGGGACGCGGUGACCGGGAAGCUCGGCGCGAACGACGAGCCGAUCGCGUCGUCCGCGCAGCCGGCGCCGUGGGACGCGAGCGAUCGUUGGCCGACGACGCGAACGCCGACGGCGCCGCGGUUCGUCUCCGUCGGCGGCGACGGGUACGACGACCCUCGCGAGCUCCGCGCCGCGCUGUUGAAGAGCGGUGGGAGGAGCGGGUGGGUCGGGUGCGGGGUCAUCGGGCGCGAGACGAGGGCGGCCGCGCGCGCGGCGGCGGCGCGACGCGGCGGCGCCGGCGACGGCGACGGCGACGAAGCGAACGAAGCGAACGAAGCGAACGAAGCGAACGAAGCGAACGAAGCGAACGACGAGAACGACGACCCCGAGCCGCGCCGCGGGAGCGGGACGCGCGGAGGGAACGUGUUCAGUCGGUUCGCGUCGACGACGUCCGCGGCGUCGAGCGACGAGGACGUGGAGGCGGAGACCCCGGACGCGGCGGCGCCGGCGGCGGAGUUGAAAAAACCCGCCCCGUUCGAUCGCGCGUCCGCGCGUCCGUGGAAGCACGCGUCCAUGGAGGAGACGAAAGAGGAGCGCGCGGCGCGACGGAAGGGGGUCAGGCGCGCGACGCCGGCGGAGAUCGAGGCCGCGGUCGUCGCGGCGACGACGAAGCCGAGGACGUCGUUCGCGGUGAGGAGGGACGGCGGCGCACAGCUGUGCGGCGACGGCGGGUGGGGCGCCGCGGAGCACCGCGCCGGCGCCGGCGCCGAGGGUCUCGUCGCGGAGAAGCAGCGCGGGAAAGCGUCCGGGUGGAUGGACGUCGUCGCGGCGAGGGAGCGCAGGGACGCCGCACUCGCCGCGGGGGGGGGAGACGACGAGGACAGGGCGUAUGAGCACGCGUAG